CCAUUUGCAAGGUGAACUCCAAUAUGGCGCAAAUGUCAGCGCGCCACUCGCGCGAUCCCUAGCCGCCGAGCGCGACGUCCCAGCGAGUCGAAAAUGGAAUCAGUACCCGCCGCGACGUGCGCCGUCUGCGGCCUCUCCGAUAACCUACUGCGCUGCGCCCGCUGCCACUCGUCCUACUACUGUUCGCGCCAGCACCAGAAGCAGGACUGGAAACAACACAAGACAACGUGCACCACCGAUCUCCAGCACCAGCAGGACCCGCAGGAGCUGCAACCACCGCAGAGCAGCUCCGAAGAAGUCAUUCACGGCGCCAGGAACGAGGUAUUCACUUCCGGCGCCGAACUUCGCACGCCGACGGAGCGCGCUCUGAAAUCCGCACGGCGCGCCACCCCCAUCAGCGGCGAGAACAUCGUGCGGCCGCGCGCCGCCGGCUUCAAGGACUUUCCGGUGAGCGCCGGACCACCCUUCUCGCACAAGAACCGCGACCUGGCGCUCGACGAGAUGUGCCGCAACGUCAUUCGCGACAUGGACGCGUACGGCGUAUGCGUGGUCGACCACUUCCUUGGCGAGGAGCGCGGUAAGAAGGUGCUCUCCGAGGUACUCGACAUGUACACGAAGGGUAUCUUCAAGGACGGCCAAUUGGUGAGUAGCAAUGGCCGCCAGGAUCUGAAGACAAUUCGUGGCGAUCAGAUCACGUGGAUCGACGGUCGCGAACAGUAUUGUUCGCACGUUGGGCAGCUCAUCAGUCAGGUGGACGCUCUCAUCAUGCGGGCGAAUAAGAUGCAGGAUAAUGGUAAACUUGGCAACUACAAUAUUAAUGGCAGGACUAAGGCGAUGGUUGCGUGUUACCCUGGUUCUGGAUCGCACUAUGUGAAACACGUGGACAAUCCAAAUCGAGAUGGCCGCUGCAUAACAGCAAUCUACUAUUUGAAUCUUGAUUGGGACGUGAGAAGAAGCGGAGGUUUACUUCGGAUAUUCCCGGAAGGUUGGAGAGAUGAUAAGGUUGCUGACAUCGAACCAAUUUUUGAUAGAUUAUUGUUCUUCUGGUCGGAUCGCCGGAACCCGCACGAAGUGCAACCGGCCUUCUACACACGUUACGCAAUCACGCUGUGGUACUUCGAUGCCCAUGAAAGGGAACAAGCUUGUAGGCUAUACGAAAAAGAACGUAAUAAAACAGAACUGAUGAAAUGAUGGAUGCCUUUGGCCGCGUAACCAACCGAUUACUGAUUAAAAGUCUGACGAACUAAGCAGACAUGUGAUAAGUAAUGAAUAUUAACUGUGUUUUCCGUGCGGAUCAAUGUGUUGUUUUGUUUGGCCGGAAUUUAUCAUAUUGUACACGCGUAAGUUAUUGUCAACACUGACCCACACAUCGAUUAUAUUGUAAUUUUAAAACUAGUGCGUCAAAAAACUAAACACACAAAAAGCAAGCAAAAAAAUAACUUGAAUUACCUACUGUAAGUGCAAAUUGCAUAAUAAUCUAAUUAUUAGAGCGAUCGUGAGAGUAAGAAUAGUAUUAUGCUGCUGGACCAGUGAUGACUGUGAUGAACAUUAGUCACAAGGAAUGAUGCGCGGGUGAGUGAUGUAUUAGUAGCUACAAUUCAACUUAAUUUUAAUUUCAAUUAUCAAAGCAAUCUCAAAGAAGACUAUACUUUAUACAUAUAUGUAAAUUUCACGCAAACUGAUUAUCUAUUUUGUAUACACUGCAAUGCAAUGGUGUGUUCCUCAUCGCGAACACCCGGAAAACUUAAACUGAAACAUGAAAACAAACUAUUUGAUAGUAAAUUUUCGUGGAGAUUCAAGUCGAUCAAUGUAUAUAUUAGGAUAAACAUUUGAUUUACUCUAGAUAAGCGAAGAAAAGUACUAACUAGUGAAAAAAAUUGAUUGAAUUAUAAUUUAAAGUCUCUAUGUUACCUUUAUUUACAAAUAAAUUAACAAAAUUACAA